CCCAGCCAGGGAAGAUGGCGGCGCCCGAACAAAUCGCCGGGGAGUUUGAAAACUGGCUCAAUGAGCGGCUGGACUCGCUUGAAGUAGACCGAGAAGUUUACGGAGCUUAUAUACUCGGGGUGCUUCAGGAGGAGGAAAGCGAUGAAGAGCAAAAGGACGCUCUUCAAGGCAUUCUGUCCGCUUUUCUGGAAGAAGAGACGCUUGAGGAGGUUUGCCAGGAGAUCUUGAAACAGUGGACUGAGUGCUGUAGCAGAUCUGCAGCAAAGAACAAUCAGGCGGAUGCUGAAGUUCAGGCCAUUGCUAAUCUGAUAGAGAAGCAGGCACAGAUUGUGGUCAAACAGAAGCAGGUGUCAGAAGAUGCCAAGAAGAGAAAAGAGGCUGUUCUUGCCCAAUAUGCCAAUGUCACAGAUGACGAAGAUGAAGCUGAAGAGGAGGAGCAAGUCACAGUGGCGAUACCCAGUGACAAAUCCCUGUUCAAAAACACCAAUGUGGAGGAUGUUUUCAACCGCCGCAAACUGCAGCGUGACCAGGCCAGGGAAGACGCACAGAAGAAGAAAGAGCAGGACAAGAUGCAACGUGAAAAAGACAAACUGUCCAAGCAGGAGCGCAAGGACAAAGAGAAGAAACGCACACAGAAGGGAGAGCGCAAGAGAUAGAAUAUAAAUGCACAGGAAAACUGCAGGAAAACUUUUGUAGACUUUACAAAACCAAGGUUAUUUUACCUAGAGAAGAAAACUAUGAUGAGACCUCAAGCAAACGGUGUCCCAACUAAUAAUGUCACAACGUAUGCAUCCAUAUUCUGUUUUGGGUCUGAUAUUGUUUGAUAAUAUAGGGCUUAACAAGCUAUUUUAUCAGCUUGAACAAAGGCCUAUAACAAACCAGCAAACAGAGCAAGAAUUUUGCCAUAACCCCAUUCAUUUUUUACAGGUGCUAUGCUAAUUGCUUUGGUUAUUUACUCGUCCUCAUGUUCUAAACUCCUAAGAUUUAAUAAAACCUGAGAGAUUACUGUCCCUACAAUGAAAGUCUACUCAACCAAAACUCUGACAUUUUAUAAAGUUUGUAAUGAAAUAAAAAAAAUGAAGCAAACCAUUUCAUUCAAGUCUUCAGGGGAGACACAAUCACGUACUAUAAAAGAUUCAAUUAACAGAUUUGAUUUAGGCCUUUAUUCACAUACAUAUUAACCAGUGAACACAAUAGAUGCUCAAUCGCACCUGAUUAACACACAAGAACAAACCUCAUGUUUGCUAAUCAGUGGUUUUAAAUGAAUAAAAGCUUUGAUUUAAGUCUGUAAAUCAUAUGAAGUGAAGUGACUGCAUCUAAUACAGAUUUAAUAUUUCAGCUCAUUUUAAAGAAUCAGCAUUUUGGUUGAACAGACUUUGGUUGAACAGAAAGGAAAAAAUCCAUUUUUUUUUUUUUUACAAAAAAAAUCCUCAUUUGCAUUCUAAGUAUUAACAAUUUGUUACAUAUUGUAGACGAGUAUGUUGUUUUCAUUUUUUGAGAAACUAACCCUUUAACCCUAACAAAAGUCCAUCAGAAACAUGUUCAAGUCACAUUUCAACCCAAACAUCUAAAAUAAUAUUUAGUUUAAUGACAAUUUUACCCUAAAUCUCACUACUGCAGUGUUUUGCAUACAUUUUUAAAUUAAUAUUGCCAAAGUGUAAGGCGUAAAGAUGUGACUUGUACAUGUUUUCUGUAAGAUUCACUUAAACAUUUACCAGCAGAUAAUCAACACAAUAUUGUCUAAAAUGUCAUUCUUAUUGCCCUAAGGGUUUUUCAAAUAGUCGGUGAACAUGUUUCUCUCUUUCUCUCUCCAUUUAAUACAUGACCACUCAAGAUACAAAACUAUUUAUUGAGCUCACAAGCUUUUUCACAAUAACACGAAACCAAUAGAAGCCUUCUUGUUGUGUAGCAAUAUAUGGAGAGGGCUAAGAGACGACCCAAAGACAUAAUCACAACUACUAAUCACUGGUAAAUGGGGACAUAUGUAGUUGUUUCUUUGUUUGAAGUUUAUUUUGGUGUCAACAAACAGCUCUUGUUAGACAUUUCUGUAUUUUUGUUUUAGGGCAGUGAACUUCUAAAAGGGUAUGUUUGUGUGCAUAUAUAUGAAUUGACAACUGUUUGUUUGAAGCUGCUACAUUUUGUGCCAAUACCUUGUAGACUGCCUUCACAUACUACAAUGGGCUGCACUGUAGGCAAAGCGAUAUCUCUCAAACAUGUCUAGUAGCUUAUAAGGAUCAAGUGGUUUUAGAUUUCUACUAUCAGAGCAACGAUAUUUAACAUUUUGUAAGCUAAGACAUCCCAACAUAGGUACAAUAAAUUGAGCUGUGUAAA